AUGGAAGAGACUCAGAGAGCAGACGCUGCUGAGUCUGCACUGCAGAAGCUGCAAGAAAAAGUACUGGUGGUGGAGCAGGAACGCGACAGGCUUGUGAACGAACGGAAUUCUCUUCGUGAGAUUAAAGCAGAGCUUCAAGCCAAUGCUGCGGCUAGAGCAGAAUUCGAAGAAGACAAGUCCAAGAUUGAAGCAAUGCCCCUUGCAGAUGUAGGAACAUCUCUAGGAACAAUAGAGAAUAUCGUUUCGAAACAGCACCUGCAAGACAGUACUUUGCUAAAGUCCAUCAGCGAUGAGGGGUCCUCGAAAGAGUUGGUGUUUCUACGCAAUCAGAUUAAUGAGUACCGCAAGGUGAAGGAAGACCUUGAAAUCGAGUUGAGGUUAUCCCACCGGCGAGUACUAACAUUGGAGAAUAAAUUGAAAGAGUGCAGGGAGCACCAGUUGGCCGUUUGUUCGAGGCAACCCAGUUACGAAGGUAUGCAAGAGAUGCAGAAUAAAGCUGACCGCUUCAAUCAGGAGCUGGAUUGCACAAACUCUCAACUCGAGGUAGCGCUGAAUGAAAUCUCAGUGAAAAAUAACAUGAUCAAAGCCUUAGAAGAAAAUGUGAUUCUCAAAGAAGAAGAACUGACCGAAAAAACGGCCAACUUCAACGCUUACCUUGAAAAGGCCAGACAAGUGAUUUUGGCUUUGAAAAAAAUUAAAGAAAGCCCCCAAGACAUCAGUGAACCGAAUACGGCGAAAGAGACCAUGAAGAAACAGCUGCACGAAAAAGAGCAGGCACUAAAAGACAUGGAGGAGAAUUUCAAGCGCAUGCAGAUAAUGAAAGACCAAGAAACUCAGCUCGUUGCUUCUGCCUUUCAUGAGAUGGCAUUGGAAAUGCAUCGAACAGCUUGUCGUGAACGCUUGAGAGGUUUGUCCGUUGACGGCACGCCGUCAUGUUUCUUCAGUCGCCAGAGAGAACUACGAUCUUCGUUGACCCUGCCUGAUACUCAGAACUGGCUACCCCACAUGAAUUCUGAUUCACCAAUGCCGUCGUCCAGCCUGAUGGGAAAAAUAUACAGAGGGGUGGUAAGACGGAACUUUGUUUUCUUCGCCAUCUGUGUAGCAGGUGCGUUCGGCAUUGAAAUCGUGAUCGACAGAGGAGGCGACAAAAUUUACGACUACUGCAACAGAGGGAAGCAGUGGAAAGACGUGAGAGCGGCGCUUGAAAUCGCCCAAGCAACCACUAAUGCCUGA